GACAACAACCAAGAUGGUUCACCAACUGAUUGUAUUCUCCGGCCUCAUCAUGUCAGCAACAUGCAUGGUGUUGCAUCAAUCAGUUCCACUAUACGUGCCAGUCCAAUACCAAGAGCCUACCAGGAACUACGACUUCGCUUACGAGGUGAACGACGCCCACACUGGAGACUACAAGAGACAGCAGGAGACCAGGAUAGGAGACACUGUUCUCGGACAUUACUCACUUCUUCAACCAGACGGUGUCACCAGGACUGUUGAAUAUAGGGCUGAUGAAGGCACUGGGUUCAAUGCAGUGAUAAAUAAUGCUGGCAGACCUUUUCCUGAGAGACAAGAGGAAACUCUGAGGGAGGAUAGUGAUAGACGUGGUAAUGGCCAACAGGAACAGUUCCGUCAGUCUUCCGGACAGCAGACAGUCAGGCCUCUGACUGUUGAGAAUACAGCACUCAUCCACCACGUUUUACGCCAAUAUCGCCACGCUCACUAA